AUGAAAUAUAGCAACCUUACCUUGGAAUUACGGCGCCUCCAUGUGUUAACAGGUGGCCUUCGCAACAAGUCUAGCGGCGUCCUACAGGUCGGGGGCGUGCGGCGACGGCGGCGGUCCGGCGGCGACACGCGGCCAAAACUCGCCAGACGCAAGCGCGGCCUGCCUUCUUUCCCCCAUCGAUUUUCAAUGUACGCUGCC